AGUGCAGGGGUCAGCGUUACCCCGCGACAGAAGGGUCGGGGUGUCCGAUAGCGGGGCCCGCUUUGUUGUGUCUGAAUGCCACCUGUUACCCGAGAGUUUUGUUGACUACCUAACGCAGUCUCGGCAGUAGUUAGAGCGGGAACGUGACAGGGAACACACGCUGGAAUAUACGUGCGUAACAAACUGACUUUACGCUGGUUUAGUGGACACCAAUUUUCACUUAGGAUAUUGGACAUGAUUUCACAAGUACGAUGAGUUAAUGUGCUGAGACAACAACAGACGUGUGUCAUGUGAGUCCUGAACAAUUCAAAUACUGGAACAAUUCUGUACAAGCUUCGCUAGAGAGGCGUCGCCAAAAACGGACAUUUGUGUCCAUAUUUCUUGACACAUCCGUAGAAGUGCAGAGAGAUGUGCGCGCUUCUAUUGGGUAUGGAACACAGACACUCUCAUACCAACCACCACCAUACAGUCAAGAAGAAGCAUGACGAGAAACACUUAGCGCACCUGGCGGACUCCGUACAGAGACCGGGGUCUCACGCCAACCACAUGCGGCGUUCGGUGAACAAGUCCACCGCCCAGAACUCGAGUUCCAUCCCUAGGACUGCCGCAAGGAAUCAGCGGACUGUGGUGACCGCGCAGGAGAAACAAAACAGUAGAUGGAGAGAGGCGAUGAAGAACGGGAACUUUGAGGCUCUGAAAGGACUGGUGGAGGAGGACAGUUUCAAUGUGGACUUACCGGACGAACAUCAUCAUGGACAGACGCCGAUCAUGCGGUUAUGCCAUUGUGACAUCACCGGCAAACAGCGGAGAGAGCUGUGCCACAGCCUCCUCAGCCGGGGCGUGGACCUCAAUACCCAGGAUUCCUUGGGAAGGACAGCCCUGGCGCAUGCGUGCAUCAAAGAGCGCGAGGAGGUGGUGUGGCUACUGGCCGAUGAACCUGACCUUAACCCAGGAAUCCCGGACAAUGAAGAGAACACAGUACUGAUCCAAGCCGCUAGGACGGGGAACGUGGCUCUCAUCUCCAAGCUCAUAGCACUCUUCAAACGGUUCCGCUUGGACGUGGAUCGCGCUAACCUUCAAGGUAUGACGCCGUUGAUCCAAGCGGCAAAACUGGGCUACAUGGACUGCUGUCGGGUACUUGUGUGUGAGGGGAAAGCAAACGUCAGCCUGCGGGACCAUAUCGAGUACCAGACCGCCCAGCAGUACGCCAGUGAAAGCACGAGAGCACGGACACCAGAUCUCCUCUUUCUCUCACCUGUUGUCAGACGAAAGGCAGAUGCAAAGAGAAAUCGUGUUGCUAGGGGGCGCAAGAUCCUCUCCGAACUCGCGCUGCACGAUCAUAGUCACGAGCAGGUGAAGGUCACGAAGUCUGCCGAAGCUGACGUCGGCGGUCUGUCGGGAAGUUUCGAGAUCUGCCAUCGGGACGUUCCGUUGCGGAAACGCCCGGAGUUGGUGGAUUUACAGAGCAGCGUGGUGUGGCAGAUGAGUAGAAAGAUCCUGCCGAGACUAAAGGAGAUAGAAGAAGGGACGACCGUAUCAGACGACGAGGACGAUGAAGAGUUCACGGGCGACUUGAGCGUGCGGAGACGAUCGCUAUCUAUGUCGUCCUUCUACGAAUUCAAGAAGGUCCAAGGAAAGUUUGCCACCCCGGGUUCCCCUUCGAGUAGCGGAGGGACGUCACCAUCGAACAGUCCGCCUCAAAGCAAUACACCUGAGCUCAAACGUGCCGCGCUAAAAGCAAGUGCCAAUGCAAGGGGGGUUCGAUUCCCACCAGUUAACGCACACAGGACAAACACAUCGUCUCCCAAACCUAGUCCAACACCGGGUCGAUCGGGACGUACCCUGGGUGCCAGGGCGCAAGCGGAGGACAUCCCGGCAAGAUCACCGAAACCUUCGCCUAAAAAACUAUCUCCAGGCUCAAGACAGUCAGACAAAAGAUUGAGUGCCAUUCCACCCUACCUUUUCAACUAGCCUCACAAUGAUGUUAGCAAUGUAUAAUCAAGUUCCUAAGUCAGUGGAUAUUACAGUGCAUUUUACACAAUCAAAUCAGGACGGGGGAUACAGAUGUAGCCACGUUUCGGGAUCGCAUUUUUUCGCCUCUGCGCCACCUAGCGGCCAGAAGUAUGUAGUUCCAUUCAUAAUCGCCUUAGGACGGUAGUGUAAUGACUAUAUAAACGUUGGCAGGCACUUUUGGUUGUGUAGGAAACAAAAGACAAAACCUGGUAUAAUUUGUAGCAUUCAUAACCAAAACGAAAUGACAAUGCUCAAAGAUGUGUCCAGCCCGACAAUGCGGUUCUAUAUAAACUGUUUCGCUGAUUUAAACUGAGCUUUGUGUUAAGGCAUAAACCAGAGGUACAUUAUGAACAAGCGGAAUAGUUGAUGUAUAAAUGAGUAACUUUGGUGACGACUGUAUAAAUAAAACUACAGCAUUUUUCUUGCAAUUAACAUACUUAUAUAAAGGCUUAAAGUCUACUGAAAAUCUUUGGGUUAUAACAAUAACCAUACAUGGCAAAGCCAAACAAUGGAAAUGAGAUUUGAUUUUUUUUCCAGCUUUUGCUUUGAUUAAUUUAUGACAUUGGGGGAUCAGAACUCAUGAUUGUAAGCAUGAUUAUUGUAAUACAAGCAUUGAUACAAAUGUAAGAAACUGUUGCACUGUAAAUAGUAUAAUGAUUAAGUUACGACAUAUCUGUGUAGUGAAGUGCCUACAUUGUGGUAGCAUCCUAAGGUAUGCUAUUUAAAGUAAUUCAGAAAGUGUAUGUCCAGCUACUAAAGCAAUGUACAGAAUAACAUAUUAGGCUAUGAUCAACCUUCCUUAUAUAUACAAAUCCAUAUCCAAUACAUGUUAUAAUUUUAAAACCUGUAUUACAUGAAUACGUGAAUAAUUUCACCAGGUUGAUACAUGUAAAUCAUUGUUCCGUGUAAACAACUAAGCGUUUUGUUCAAGCCAACAUCUAAGUGACUGUCUCAUAUCUUCCCCAGGGCAAAUUAGUAUUACCUGGGGAAUUCUUUGUGUACAAUUAGUACAAUAACUUUUCUAUCUUGUACAUCAUCUUGUAUCACCAAAAUCAGCUCCAUUGAUACAAACGUGUCUGCGAUGUUAUGCCUAUAACGUCACAUGCAUGUCGUUAUUGUAGAAUUUUUAAAAAUCUUUACAGUGACUUAGACUUUUUUUACCAUCCAUUUUUUUUUUAAAUUUCAAUCGCAAGCAGAUACGCUCUUUAAAAUAUUCUGCCGUGACAAGUCAUACCAUUACAAUAUUCAGGGUCUUACAAAUGUAUGUUGCUUCAGUAGAAAUUGUUCAGAAACAAACAUUAUUACUGCUAUAUGUAAGUGUUGCUGGACUGAUUACAUAUCAAGUUUGAGAGACGCGUACGGCGACUUUUGCACCAAAGUGUUGCAAUCUACUGAACAAUGCAACUAGUACAUGAUAAUAUGUAAUAGUUCAGAUUGAAGUAUUGUUAAUUUAUUGCUGAAUGUUAUGAAUACACAUGUACGUGUGGCGUGAUAUUGUACCCCACUCAAUUCCAUACUGAUGACCAUAUUGAUGAUCAUAUCAGCCAUACAUAUAGUGUACGGAUGUUUCUCAAUUGAAUAAAAAGAAAGUAAUGUCAGCUCCCAAUGGAAUCUCUUAAUAGUAAUUCACCUCAGAAUGGUAAGUUUAUACAUAUCAAGCUACUAAAUAAAGUCACAAAAUGUA